AUGUUCACUGAGGAUUCACUGCUUGCUGAGGCCGAUGAGAAUAGGGUCCUUGCUUGCAUCCCCUCUUUAAUUUCCAAUGAGUUGAAUGCUUCUCUGAUUCACCCAGUGACUUUGUCAGAGGUGGAGGAGGUGGUGUUUGGGAUGAACAAGGGGAAAGCUCCUGGCCCUAAUGGUUUCCCAGUUGAGUUUUUCCAGGAGUUUUGGGAUACCAUGAAGUUGGAUUUGUUGGAGGUGGUUCAAGACUCUCUUCAUUGUCACCAAAUUCUGGAUGGGGUGGUAGUUGCGUCUGAAGUCAUUCAUUCCAUGACAACCUCUCAGGACAGGUCUAUGUUUAUCAAGUUGGACAUGACAAAAGCUUAUGACAGAGUUAAAUGGAGUUUUCUUCAGAAGAUUCUGUUGGCCUUUGGUUUUUCCUCUGACUGGGUGAGUUGGAUAUUGAGCUGCGUGACCUCUUCCUCCUUUUCGGUUAUUGUGAAUGGGGAACCUUCAGAUCUUUUUGGGGCUACUAGGGGCCUUUGUCAGGGGGACCCGCUCUCUCCUUAUUUGUUUAUUAUUCUGGCGGAGGGGUUGGGUCGACUUCUUAAUUCUCGAGUUUCACAAGCUAUCCAGCGGCGGAUUGCAGCUAUUCUGCGGUUUCAAAUUGAGUCUCUUCCCUUUGUCUACUUGGGUAUUCCUCUUGUUGUUGGUCAUCAGCCCAGGUUCUCCUGGAAGCAACUGCUUGAUAAGCUUAAGCGGAAGGUUACUUAUUGGAUUCAUCAUUGGUUGUCUACUGCUGCUAGAGUGACUCUUCUCAAAUCUGUUAUCCAGGCCCUUCCCAUCUACAGGUGCUUUGUUCAAGCAGCUCCUAUGUAUUUCCUUAAGGAAUUUGAUUCUCUUUCACGUCAAUUUCUUUGGAGCGGUAAUGUGUUGUCUUCAAAAUGGAGUCUUGUUAAGUGGGAUUCUGUGUGUAGACCAAAGCAGGAGGGUGGUCUUGGUUUACGCUCUUCUAUUUUGAAUGGGAAAGCUCUUGCUGCCAAGCUUUACUGGCGAUGGUGUACCAGUCAACAUCAGUUAUGGGCUCGUAUUCUUAACCAUAAAUAUCUUCAGGGUGUUGCCUCUUUUGAGGUUCCUCGUUAUCCUCUGGAAGGGAGUGGUUCUAUGAUUUGGCAUACUUUGAAAGUGGGAGCACAGUUGAUUAAGUGUGCGCUUUUUUGGAUCUGUCAUUCGUGGUCAUAG